AUCAUUGCACGGAAACCCCUCAAUUGUAUCGUCUCAAUUACGAGCAGAUUCGCAACCGCCGAACGUUCGCCUGAAGCAGACGAAACGGAAAACGGAGGAAUCAAAGAGACGAAGAAGAUGCGUCAGUUUCGUCGUCGAAUUGAUUUCACGACGGACGCCAGAGAUGGUCUUCGACCCUAUAAAUCGCGAAGAAGGAAAGGGGAGUGAGACCGAAUGAGCAAGCGAGCAGGGCAAAGGAUUACAAGCCAAAGAGCGUGGUUUCCUUUGUUCUAUUUGGAAAUCUGAAGGGCAACAAUGGGGGCAAGCCCGUGGAUGAAUCUGGUUAGAACGACGAUGGUGCCAAGGGCUUGGGUAGUUAGGCAGCCUCCGAAAACAAAGGCAUUGAUCGGCACUGUUGUAUUCUUGCUUCUGUGGAUCUGCGUCAUUGAUCCCGGGUUCAUCUUCUUCACAGCCGAGCUUUCUCAUGUCACAGGCAUCUCGCUUCUCAUCUACAAGCUCAUUAAGGGCCGCACUUGUGCCGGACUUUCUCUAAAAUCUCAGGAGUUGACGGCUUUAUUUUUGGGAAUCAAAAUUUAUUGUAGUUAUACGACAUUCGACAUACAUGCAAUACUUGACAUGUCCACAUUGAUAACAACUUUGUGGGUUGUCUAUAUGAUACGUGUUAUCUUGAAGUCAAGUUACAUGGAGGAUGAGGACAACUUUUCAGUGCAGUAUCUGGUGAUAGCAUGCGCUGUUAUGGCACUUCUUGUCCAUCCAACCUCAUCAUCUAAAGCUCUGAUUAAUCGACUCAUAUUGGCUUUUGGCUGCAAUUUAGAAACAGUUGCAAUUAUGCCACAGCUUCGCUUGAUGAAGAAUGCCAAGGUUGUUGAGUCAUUGACAGCUCAUUAUGUUUUUGCGUUGGGGGUUGCUCGUUUCUUAAGCUGUGCACAUUGGAUACUUCAGGUUGUCAACAGUCGUGGAACCAUAUUGCUUGCGCUUGGAUAUGGACUGUGGCCUGGAAUGGUCCUCCUUUCAGAGAUUGUUCAGACUUCCAUCUUGGCUGAAUUUUGUUAUUAUUACAUUAAAAGUGUGAUUGAAGGCCACUCUGUGCUGAGACUUCCUUCAGAUACAGUAUGAUUAAAAAGUUGAGAUCAGUGGAAGUGGAACACUGCUUUGGAGAAAGAUGUGAAAAGUAGUGAUCUAUUCUCACAUAUGUAUAAUGCUAUAAUACAUAACUUUAGAUUUCGGCUUCGUUUGAAACUGUUUUUUUGUUGCUUUUUAAAAUAACUUUUUAGAAAGCAGGAAGAAAACUGUUCUGCUUCUAAAUGUACUCACAUACUACUGCAAUGUUUCACAUUUGUUUUUUUAAGGAGCUCUGAAGUAGUCUUCUUCUUUUUUU